UUAAUUUUUUCAUCAGUUUUGUCAUUAUCAUUGAAUGAGAUUGAAACUGGAAGUAGUAUUUGAACCUAGUUUAUAAAUAAAUAAUUAUCCAAUCUAAUAAAAUGGCAGAUGAUCUUGAAGUAAUUCCAGAUGUAUUGGAAGAAGCGGGCGUUCUUGAGGCUGAUGUCGGAGCAACAUUUGACCAGCAGCUGGCGAAUAUUGACCCCAAGCUCAAGGUGGACAUGGACCCAUUUGCUCACCGCGACCUGCGACCAGAGAUGAUGUUCAUUAGAGAGGAGCUGAGACAAGCCAAAUUCCAGACUUUGGCUGUACGUCGUGCUGCCUUGAAGAAGCUGUUAUUGAUGGAUUUUAUGCAAGAAGACUGCGAGUUGAAAAAUCUUGGCCUGUCGUACGCACCGCCGGAUCCUUAAAGAAUAUAUGUAACUAAAAUGCUUGAAUAUAGCAAUAUGUUUUGAAAA